GUUGCUCAUCAUCAGGAUUAGAAGCAUAAGACGUUUGUGGCUUGUAUCCAAACUUCCAAAGUCUAACUUUCUAAAGCACACUUCGCGAUGUAUAUCAAAGAUACUCUUAUCAGGCAAUUGCUCGUGUGUGCGUUCCUAUCGGCAUGCAACUUUUCGAGCGCUCAAGGGUCUGAGGAUGGCCUCGAGGAUACUGAUAUUAUGGAUGCAAGCAUGAGCAUGGUUAGCGACCUUCCAUCUGAAGAUAUCUCUGAGAUGCCGCUAGCAGGUGGGAUUAAUUUGGAGCCCACAGAGCUCUCAUCGGAUUUAGAUCAACUAGUUCAGGACGUAGUGGGAGACACUGCUGAAGUCUUCGUAGUAAAUACUAAUUCAACUGAAAACAUUGUAGUUAUCUUGCCCCCUCAAGAAGCUGACUAUACCACAUGUGUGGAUGCGUAUGCGGUCAACAAUGGAUGGAGAAACUUCUGUCCCUGUGGUUUUCAUCCCAUCAGGAGUGCGCGCAAAAUCCCCUGUGGCAGAGACCGUGCAGUAGACUGUUUACCAGAGGAAUGCUGUGUAGAAACAAGUACUCGGACGUGUGCGGAAUGGUUCGACAACUUGGGCAGUUGCGGAGACGGCGAGCCAGAAAAAAACUUGCUUUCAAUCACCGUUGAGACCAAUUGUUUUGUUGAUCACUUGGCAUGUUGUGUGGCACGCGAGGAAUUCGAAAUGCCUUCCGACACGGAUAAGGUUACACCUGUUUCAAAUGCUCCGGUUGUUGAGACAUUUGUUUUCGUAACAUCGACUGCCGUUGCUACAGCUACAAAAACGGUCGCCACGGCCACCGAAACUGAAACAGAAACGGAAAUCAGUAAAGUGCUGAAGAUUGAAACGGAGAGCGUGGUAGAGACAGAAACGCGUACAGAGGGGUUGGUCACUGAAACGGAAACCAAGACCAAGACUGUGGUGACUGAGACCACCAGUGUGGUAGAAACGGAAACUCAAACUCAAGUCGAAACAGAAACUAAAUUGCAUAGUAUAAUAACCGAGACCGCUACUGAGACUGUGACAGAGAUGCUAUCGGAUUUGGCAGACGAGAGUGGGACAGAUGAUGUGAGCAUGGCAGAGAUAAGCAAUUGAUUGGCUUUUACGUUGUGAACACUUGAGAUUCAGAGCACAUUGCAACAGCACGUGAGCACUACAUAGCACUGUAUUUAGGUAAUCUGUCCAUGGAAACCCGACCGAUUCCACGCAGGAGUAUCGUUCUAUGCAGAAAACUGUAAAACGAACAAGCCUUGUUUUAUGCUCACUUCAACCGAAGUUGACCUAACUAGUAGAUUGCAGCAGAUGAGCUUGAACAUAUAAGCUUAUUGUGUUGUGUGCCAGUCUAAGGAUUUGCAGUGGUCACGUAUGUAUCAUCGAAUCAAGUCGACAAACCAAAAGGCUGUGGCCAUCUCGGCCGAGGUAUUAUAUAACUCGAUGCAAGCUGGAAAACCAGUGUCUAGCAGCUUGCGCAGACCUGCGUCUGGCUGCUCUUAUCCUAUUUUGACUGGAAGGAAUCGAGUAUACUACAAUACUAAAAGUUUCAAUACGCACUGUUUUCUAUAGACAAGUAGCUGGAUCUGGCAUGUAGUCAGGUACGUGGCAGACAUGGCAAUUGGUUAGAAACUUUAAAACACGUCCACCACUCCAGUCCAUCUGGUUUAGCAGUGACAUUAAGUUUUAGACCUCAAGUGUAUCAAUUCAUUUGCGAGGCCGUAUUAAUAAAAUAUAUCGGAGCAGACGAAGGAAUCCAACCCGAGGCCAAAUUUGGCAUCACUGUGCUCGUGUGCUGCAUUUGGUGGAUUGGUUUGGAACGGCCAUAUAACCACGCAGCAUCUGUGACAUCGAAGAUCUGAAUACCCCUCGACAGGCAUACCUGGACCACACCCUUAUAAUCUAUCUAUGCAGUGACCCUUAUAAAUUAUAUAUGCAGUGACGUUUCAUUCGGCGCCAACAUAAACCUGAUACCAUUGCUGCCAGAACAAACUCGAUUGUUUGGGUUAUGCUCAGUAGUACUCACAUUCCACCUUCAGUUACGCAUGAAGCUAUAUAUGCGCAUGCAACAUAUUACGCAAAUCGUACUCUUAAAAAGGCUGGCUGUGUACUGAAUAGGAGGUUGAACGCUCU